AUGGCCAACCGCGCAGCAUGGAUCGUAUCUGAAAAGGCAAACCCCCUCAAAGUCGACGAUGCGCCUACGCAAAAACCCGAAGCGGGCACGAUAGUGAUCAAGAAUCACGCUGCGGCGGUGAAUCCAAUUGACUGGAAGAUCCAAAACUACGAAUACAGCGCCUACACCAAGACCUACCCCUUCAUCCUGGGAACAGACGUAUCAGGGACCGUCGAGGAAGUAGGCGAGGGAGUUACUCGUUUCCAGAAGGGUGAUCGUGUUAUUUCUCACGUCCCCAGCCUCCUAACAUCAAACCCCAUCCACUCAGGCUACCAGCUCUAUCCGCACGCCUAUGCGAGUCUAUCAGCGGACAUCCCGGAUUCUUUGUCUUUUGAACAAGCUGUUGUUUUACCGUUGGCUAUAUCGACGGCUGCGGCUGGGCUUUAUUUACCGGAUUAUCUGUCUCUCCCAUUACCCACACUUACCAAUAACUCCAAACCAACCCACGAUGCUAAAAAAUCGAUACUAAUCUGGGGCGGCUCGUCCUCCGUCGGCGCAACGGCGAUCCAACUCGCCGUUGCAUCGGGGUUGAGAGUUGUAACUACGGCCUCGGAAUCGAACUAUGAGUUUGUCAAGUCGUUGGGUGCGUCGUUGGUGUUUAAUUACAGGGCUGAGAGUGUUGUGGAGAAUAUAGUGAAUAGGUUAAGCCAGGGCGAGAGUGAGCUUGUGGGUGUUUAUGAUGCUAUCAGUGAGGAGGGGAGCAUUGCACCACUUGCGGAGAUUCUGGAGAGACUUGGGAAGAAGGAUCUGAGGGUUGCGGGUGUGUUGCCUUAUAAGGAGGCGAGGGGUUUGGAUGCUAGAUUUGUCUUCGCGCUACACUUGGCCAUGCCUGAACACGAACAGAUCGGAAAAGCAAUAUGGGAGGACUUUGUGCCUGGUGCCCUGGUUAAUGGGCAGUUACAGGCGAAGCCUGAUCCGGUUGUUGUUGGGAAGGGACUGGAGAGUGUGCAGCAUGCGCUUGAUGUUCAGAUGAAGGGUGUUUCUGCGAGGAAGGUGGUUGUUGAUCUUCAAUAG